UUAGCUUGUUAGUUGUUUGGUUGCUCAGAUAACAGAAAUGUUUGUUUAUUUUCUAUCUGUAGGGUGAACAAACAUCAAUAUUUGUGACCUUACGUUUAGUCAAGUUACGUCGUUAAUACGUUUUAUUGAUAACACACAUGUUUACUAACUUAUUCUUAAAACACGUGUAACGUGAGUUUACGUUAAUUGACAACGGUUAACGGUAGUGAACAGCCGUUAAGUAUUGUAUUUAACUCUACGGGGAAACGUGGGUGGUGAUUCUACAAAGGCAGUAUGCAGCCGGUUGAAGCACAAAAAGGUGUUUCUACCAAAAGCCAGCUGUUGGAUUCUCUGAAGGUUUAUCUGAACAACAAGAGCAGAUUACAACCCAUCAUCGGCCUGGGCAGUAUUAUAGAAUGUGUGAAGGCCGGUACACAUAACAAAGAAAUAUUGUUCCUGUGUGAGGUAUGUGUGUGUCAACUUAAUAAAGCUGACAUGCGAAACCACAUCAUGGGAAGUCUCCACAGAUACAACUACAUUAAAGCCUGGCACCCCCACUUAGUGUCUGAAUGGAAGGAGAAGUCUGACCUGUCUAAGCUGGCCUGGCCACUCAUGGAGAUGGCUAAGACACUUGAGGGGAAGGAAGGGCCCGGAGACGUCCAGGUAUGUUGUUUAACUGUGUACGUUGUGGAUGCAAACAGAUGCAUGUUUGGAUAUGAGCCCUCACAUCUUUGUGUGUACAUUCAUAUAAAGUGGUUAGAGCUCGAAGAUGCUGUAUACCAGAGGAUAGCAACAAACAGCGAGAAUGACGCAGUAACUCUGAUAACUAUCUUGAGAGACCAGCAGGGUGAAACUGAAAGCCUUUCAGAGAGCACAUCUACACAGCCGGAGCAAGAUUCCCCCCAAUCUCAGAGGAUUGUAUUACUUUCCAAAAACCGACAAGGACAGAUCUCCGAAGUGCCAGAGACAAAUUUAACAAUAGAUGUAAUCAAGUCCACACGGCGUUUAGAGAACACUUCACCUGAACCCUCCCUGCCAUCAGAGAACUGCAGCAGCUCUCUGGAUGGCUACACGGGAACCGAGCCUCUUAUUGGUCUUCUCCGGGUUGUUGAAUGCAGAGGUGAAGAUGGCCGCACAUACUGUUUCUUAUGUCACUGCUGCCGCAUCAGAGCCAACGAGAAUGACAUCAUUGAUCACCUAACCAGAACUUCCCAUCUCAUCAACUACUUGAUGGAAACUCAUCCUGAGCAGGUUGAGGUCAUUCUGGCAGAUAUUAAUGACGACUAUCAGCUUCUCGUAUCACUGGCCAUGGAGGUGGAGAAAGAAGAGGGCAGAGGGGAGAUGAAGGUGAUCAAGACACCAGAAUCACUCGGUAUUCAACUGACUGGUAAAAGUUACCACUGGUGUGUAAAGAUGAUGAGUAAUGGAAGGAAACAUCCAGACAUCCAAAAGCCGAAAAGAGCCAAUAAAGAUCAAGGCAUGCCAGAGAAAUGUGCCGUGGUGCUUUCGCAAUGGCCAAAGAGUAGGAGCACUAAGAGGAAAAUGAGGGGAGUGACAAAUCCUGUGUUUAAGGUAAGCCUGCCUCUAACCAAAGGUUCUCUGCUGCUGAAGAGGAGUCCGUUCAUCAUGGACAGCCUUCCUGUGUCCUCUGCAUUCCCCCAUUCACCGGACUCGGAUCUUCCAGAGUCGCCAGAGUUCCACUCAGAGGAUCGUGAGGUGGACUAUGACACUGAAUCAUUUGCAAUAAACCCAGCUGAAGAAUCCGUUCAACAUCAGCAAGAUCGCCACAGUGGAGAAGGACAGGCUGGUCCAUUCAUGGAACCAGAAAGAAACGUCACAGUGACUCCGUAUCAACAGAUGGAUGGACAUUAUAAUGGCAAUGAAUACUUUAACCCUUCAAAAGACAUAACCAGAACAACAUAUCAAAAGGUUUAUGGGGGAAAUAAUUACAACACACAUCAAGGUUCUCACGUAAAAUCAAAUAAGAGGGUUUACGAAGAGGGGCCAAAUGAAGGCCAACAGACUCAGAAUGAUUGGUCGACGCCUGCUGUGUCCCACACUCAGGACUGGCCAUCCCAUAACUCGGUCUACAGAUAUGAGACGGGUUCCACCGAGCAGUGGUACAAUCCAACUCCACAAAGUGCAGUUGGCCCAAGAAUUGAGAGAUGCCAAGAGGUUAGCUUUGAUGCUACUCAACAUUAUUACCAGCAACAACCGCCAACUCAGUACAUGGCACACAAUCAUCAAAGUCUUCAGAUAGGCAGUGCGGGACAGCACUGUUGGUCUGGUGAUACGGCUGCUCAUACAGAUGCUGCUAGGGUCCAAAUGCAUCCUCACUUAGGAGAUCCCCAUGCACAAAAUGGCAGUAAUGCACCAGUGCCUGGAGCACAGUUUGAACCGAGUCAAGUGCAAACAUACAUGGAGUUUUCCGUUGGUCAUGUCAAGACAGCUUCACAAAAUGAUGCGGCACAACCUACGGCCCAUCAAGGCAUCCAAGCAGGCUAUGGGAUGCAGUCUUUCCCCAACUACAAUGCUGGACCUUGGACAAACCCUUACCAACACUUACCUCAUCAAAACAGCGGUGGAGAUGAUGUUGGAUGGGGGGGGUCUCAGUCAAAUGCUUACAUGCCACCUCAGCAAGCUCAGUGGUAUUAUGGAGCCCAGUCUGAGGUUAAUUACCGAGCAGCUGGUUUGAUUUGACGAUUUCAGGAAGUACAGAUAAAACAUCUUCAUGUAUGUUAGCAUUUCCAAUUUUUUACUAUGCAAAUUUGGCAAACCCCCACUGACACCACGUUUCUAUUGAAGGAGACAUUUUUCUAGCACCAUAUAAUGAAAACGCACACAGAUGCGCCGGCUUAGGUUCUAUUGGUGCUGUGGCAUUUUUCUUUCUUCUUAAAAUGUUUUCCCUAGUCUCUGUCAGAAAUGGGAAUCUCCUAAUGGAGGGAUGUUAUGCCUUUCAUUUUGAAUGUUAUUUAAAAUGACCACAUUUUUUUUUUUUUUCUUUACAUUAAACAGAAUUUCUUCUAUUCUUUAAUCAAAAUCUAAAACAAAUCUGAUUGUGGACCAUUGUGUUGAAAUGUGCCUAGAUAGUGACAUAUUUCCUUUGACAUUAGGUGUUAUAAGUGAAAGUGUAUUUGUUGUAUCAUCUGGUUACAGAAAAGUUUUGCGCUGAUUUAUAAAUUGUAUUGGUUCAGAGCAACUGCUGAUAAGUUAUAAAGGUUCAAAUCAGAAUUUCUUCUAUUCUUUCAUCUAAAACCAAAUCUGAUUGUGGACCAUUGCGCUGAAAUGUGCCUAGAUAGUAACAUUAUUUCCUUUGACACUGUUGGUGCUAUGAGUAAAAGUGUAUUUGUUGUAUCAUCUGGUUAUAGAAAAGUUUUUUGGUGAUUUAUAAAUUCUAUUGGUUCAGAGCAACCGCUGAUAAGUUAUAAAGGUUCAAAUCAGACUAAAGCUCAGUUUAAAAAAAAAAAGAAGACCAAUUUCACUUUGUAUGUUAUGUUCAAUAUGUGCCUAGAUAACUCCAAAUAAGUAUUACAUUUACAAUUAAAGUGAAGACCUACUUAAGGUUUGUGCCAACAUUUAUUUACUCUGUUUUUGAAAGACCUCUUUUUGCCUGUUUUGUGAACCACUAAAGAUAGUAUGUCGACAAUGGUGUUCUAGGUUGGAACCAGUGUAACAAUUAUGUUCUGUUCAAAAUAAAUGCUUACUAAAACC